GGCUGGAAGCCACCCCUCCAGGCCGCGGGGUUUGGUUGCACGCAGGCUGCAGUUUCAGUUUGUUUUAUUCACCAUUUUGAGUAGCUGUGGGUUUUGAAAAAGAUUAUUUGUGUUUGGAGGACGUCUCGCUGCCGUUUCUUGGUUUUCGAGCGCUAGUUCGUACGGCGGAGUAGUUCGUCGACCUCCUCAGUGUUUUGCAGAGCGGGAAUCUAUUUCUUUCCUCCCCCUCCUUGCUUUUUUUCCCUUCUCCCCCUUUUCUCAUAUCCCAGACCUCUAUUAGUAUUCCUGCAAAAUGUCAAGACCAGUGAGGAACAGGAAAGUGGUAAACUACUCACAGUUCAACGAGUCUGACGCAGAAGAGGAGUACGGCGAUGACAAGCCGAAGAAAGUGCGACCAGCCCCUCGUGAGCCCAAGCACAAGCGAUCAAAGAACUCGCAGGAUGAAAGACUGUCUUUGUUUUGUUCCAGUGAGGACUCCGACGACAAGCUUUCCAAAUCCAAAAACGAUUCAGCUGAUGACUUUGGCAGCGAAGAAGAAGAAAACGAGUUUGGAGAGGAGGAGGAAGAAGGAGGAAGCGACUAUGAAGAAGAGAGAGGCAAAAAGGCAAAGAAAGCCAAGCCGGAGAAGCCCAGCAAGCGGGGUCCGAAGAGGAAACGACCUGCAGAUGACAGCGACGACGACAAGGAAGUGAGUCGAAAGCGUACAGUGCGCCAGGCGGCGUCCAAGGCCGCGUCCAAACAGAGAGAGAUCCUGCUGGGAGACGGAGGCAGCGAGGACGAGGAGCACGAGGACCAGGAGGAGCCGUUCUUAGACCCUGACGAGUCGGGAAGCGAUGAAGACUUCAUGGUUGAGGACGAUGAUGACAGCGACUACGGCCGCUCCAAGAAGAGGAGCAAGAAAGUGAUCCGACGGGGACAGCCGGACAAGAAAGAGAAGAAAAGCCCCAAACCACGACUAAAGGCCACAGUGACCCCCAGCCCAAUGAAAGGAAAGGGGAAGGGACGCCGCGGCGCCAAGCCCGUGGAGAAGAACUCACCCAAAGAGGAGGAGGAAGACGAGGAGCCCGAGAGCCCCGUAGAGGACGAGGAGGAAGAGGCAGAGAAGAAGGAGAGCUCCCCCGCCCCUAAGACAAAGAAAGAAGCUGAGGAGGAGGAAGAGGAAGAAGAGGAGGAGGGCUCAGAAGAAGAGGCGCCCUCUGGAGAAGACUAGAAGAUGGUACCGGAUGGAAGCCCAUCGUCCACAUCUCUUUCUCUUCGUCUCUUUGUUUUCUUUUGUUGCUCUGCAUUUAGAGUUGUUGUUUGUUUGUUUUUUUCCUCGCGGCGGCCUGGCUCAACGGUUUCCCCCCUUUUUUUUUUUUUUUUUGUCAAUUCGUUUCCAGCAGCUUCUGCGAAACCGCCGGCGAGCGUCCGUCCUGAUCCUCACCAACACUAUUGACUUCAGAGUUAAUUCCUCCUCCUUUCUUUCUUUGCCGCCUCAUCCGGUUAACUAUUUAAGCGUCUCUUUUCUGACUCAAAGCCUUCAUGUGUGUUCAAAACCCGCGCCGAUUCUCGCCGCCACUUCAGACUUCACAAACGCGUUCCUAUUUUCUGCUCGUCAGCUGCUUCUCGGCAACGGUUUGUGGUUGUUGGUCAGGCUUUCGGUUUUAUCGCACAUCUCAACACAAACACACAAGACCUCACUGCCUGGCUUCAACCAGCAACCCAUUCAAGCCCUUGAGCCAGGCACUGCAGAAUUUUUAAAAGAAAAGAAAUGCAAGAAGAGAUGGUUUUUUUGUUGUUGUUUUGUUUUCAGUUUUAAAAAAGAAAAAAAGUUGAAUGUUUUUUCUCCUGCUGUUUCAUUGGUCUAAUUCCUUAUUCAAAUUUUUUUUGUAAUGUUUGUUUUUUAAGAAAAAGAAAUAAAAUGUAUCAUGGUUUUAAAGAAA